UCAGUGGCGUGAUUCAAACUGGGGCAAACUCAAAAAGUGAUUCUGUGAACGUGAGCACAGAAACGGACAAGAUGUCGCUGUCAAGUUUUCUCCCUGAACCCACCCAACUGUCCCAGGACCAGUUCGAGGCGGAGGAGAGGUCUCGUGUUCAGAGGUCACAACCCACUCCUUCGGUCUCCACUCGCAGAGAACCUCCUCCCUACGGCUCCGGCAAAUCAUGGAUGCCCCGGUCACUAUGGCAGAGACAUACUGCACAGAUGCAUGUUAGGAAGAAAAGGACGUCCAAUGCUCUGGCAGUGCAGGUGGAUGCAGAGGGCAAGAUCAAAUAUGACGCCAUUGCUAGGCAAGGUCAAAACAAAGACAAGGUUGUGUUCAGCAAAUACACAGACAUGCUUCACGAAGAUCAUCCCGAGCUGCAGAAACCAGGUGAAGAGACGGUGAAAGCGAUUACAGAAAAGGCCCGAGCAGCUCGGAAUAAACUGGUCUCGCAGAAAAUUGCAGCGGCCAUGCAUGUACGUGCUGCAGACAAACAGGCCUCAGCACAGUAUAUUCGGUACACACCCUCCCAGCAAGGACUUGCGUUUAACUCUGGAGCGAAACAGAGGGUCAUCCGUAUGGUGGAAAUGCAGAAAGAUCCAAUGGAACCACCGCGAUUCAAACUCAAUAAGAAAUUUCCUCCUGGGCCUCCAUCCCCUCCUGCUCCAGUCAUGAAAUCUCCAAGAAGAAAGAUAACUGUGAAAGAACAGCAAGAGUGGAAGAUUCCACCCUGUAUUUCCAACUGGAAGAACGCAAAGGGUUACACCAUUCCUCUGGACAAGCGUUUGGCAGCUGACGGACGAGGCCUGCAGACCGUCCACAUCAAUGAGAACUUUGCCAAGCUGGCGGAUGCUUUGGACAUUGCAGAAAGAAAGGCCAGAGAGGCUGUGGAGUUGAGAGCUCAAGUGGAAAAGAAGAUGGCCCAGAAAGAAAAAGAAAAGAAAGAAGAGAAGCUGAGAAAGUUGGCUAAGAUGGCCAGAGACUGGAGAGCUGGAAUCAAAUCCCACGGUGACAAAAGUGGUGAAGAGACAGAAGUCAGGGAGCGUGAUGAGAUCCGUCACGAGAGGAGGAGAGAAAGGCAGCACGACAGGAACAUCUCCAGAGUCGCCCCUGAUAAGAGUUUUCUCCCUGAACCCACCCAACUGUCCCAGGACCAGUUAGAGGCGGAGGAGAGGUCUCGUGUUCAGAGGUCACAACCCACUCCUUCGGUCUCCACUCGCAGAGAACCUCCUCCCUACGGCUCCAGGAAAUCAUGGAUGCCCCGGUCACUAGAGGCCAGAGAGGCUGUGGAGUUGAGAGCUCAAGUGGAAAAGAAGAUGGCCCAGAAAGAAAAAGAAAAGAAAGAAGAGAAGCUGAGAAAGUUGGCUAAGAUGGCCAGAGACUGGAGAGCUGGAGUCAAAUCCCACGGUGACAAAAGUGGUGAAGAGACAGAAGUCAGGGAGCGUGAUGAGAUCCGUCACGAGAGGAGGAGAGAAAGGCAGCACGACAGGAACAUCUCCAGAGCCGCCCCUGAUAAGAGGUCGAAGCUACAAAGAGAUCAGGACAGGGACAUCAGUGAGCUCAUUGCCCUGGGACAACCGAACCCCCGUACCUCCAGUGAGGCUCAGUAUGACCAGCGACUCUUCAAUCAGAGCAAGGGGCUGGACAGUGGUUUUGCCGGUGGCGAGGAUGAGAUGUAUAAUGUGUAUGAUCAGCCCUUCAGAAGUGGCCGAGACAUGGCACAGAAUAUCUACAGGCCUGGGAAGAAUGCGGAUAAGGACGUGUAUGGAGACGACCUGGACACACUCAUGCAGAGCAACAGGUUUGUUCCUGAUCGGGUAUUCUCGGGUGCGGACCAUGGCCCCCGCCGCGGCGGCCCGGUGCAGUUCGAGGAGGAUCCUUUCGGUCUGGAUAAGUUCUUUGAGGAAGCCAAGCAGCACGGAGGCUCCAAGAGGGCGUCCACUAGUGGCCGCUCAAAGGACUACGACCACGAGAAGAAACGCAGGAAGGAGUGAGACAAUUCCACUGUACACAAAUUCUGGGUCAAAUCCUCCUCACCCUAUUUUUUAUAGCUGUAAAGUGAAUGUCUGAACUAUUAGUCUUAUGGCGUUUCAUCUAACCCUAACCCUGUCAUGUUUAUUCAAACUGUUGUACUGCAAAGCCAUUCUAAUAAAUGUCUUGUAGAGGAUUUCA